GUCAACACCACAGAAGAGGAAGAAGAAGCCGCCCCCAUCAUCACGGCUGACCUGACACCAGUCUCCAUUAGCGGUUUUUUAGGAUAUGAGUCAGUCCGGAUUUCUGCAGCCUUGCUGUGUGAUCCACCCGCAGCGAAACCAACUCUUAGCUCUGACGCUGCAGCUUAACAAUGCGGCGUAAUCAUCUGUUAUAAAUUAAAUGAUUUAGGGCCGUGUUUAUCAUCGGACUGUUUGCUAACGGCUAGUUAGCCCUGCUAGCCCUCCUGUCAACAAAAACAACAACAACAGUCCGCUCAGUUUCACCGGGAUAACAGACCAACAGGAGGUCAGAUGGAAACUAACGCUCCCAAACGGAGAGAUAAUAAGAAAUCUCUGCGGGUGAAGGUGAUCAGCCUCGGGAACGCGGAGGUGGGAAAGGUAAGAGAGGAGGAGCAGCAGCAGGUGAUCUGACAGCAGCACACCUGAGAUCCACUUCAUCCAGGUUCAACUAAAAUCAUCUAAACAGAGACCUGAUGGUUCAAAAAGCUUCUUUGUGUAAAAUUAAAACAUCUCAAAACAGCAGAAAGACUCACUGAGAAACAUGAGCGGUGUCCUUUAAAGUCAUGAUCAGUUUUAACAAAAUUAGUAAUUGUAACGUUUUUUUGCUUGUUUCUUAAAACUCUCAAUGUGAACAUUAUUAUUGUGGAUAAAGUUUUGAAUAAAGAGCUAUGAUGGAGAAUUCGGCUUGCGUUUCAUUUGGUUAUGUCGACAGUAGACUGAUUCUAAUUGGAAACCUCAAAAUACAAAUGAAGUCUUGUCUGCAUUGUUAAUUUGACUGCCUAAUCGAAAUAAAUGAUAAUAACAAUAAUAACUAUAUUUGUAUGUCACUUUUAAAAACCUAAGUUUACAAACUGCUUUGACAUGUAGUCAUAGAGCACAUGGAAAAAGACAUAAAAACAAAAAGCUCAAUUAAAAUGGAAUUAAAGGCCAUUUUCAUGUCAUAAGGAACCCAGACAGUACAAGAACCAUGCAACAUAAAAUAAAAUAAUCAUCAGUUACUUAGCUUUUAACACCAUCUUUGCAGUCUCCCUAAAUAAACUGAAUUAAAACAGAUUUCUGUCUGAAGUUCGCUCUGUUCGAUGCUGCGGCUCACAGUAAAAUCAGUGUUUCUGUUUCAGAGCUGCAUCAUCAAACGUUACUGUGAGAAGAGGUUCGUCCCCAAGUAUCUGGCGACGAUCGGCAUCGACUAUGGCGUCACCAAGUAAGUCAACCCUGGUUAUGGAACACGCUGUUAAAUAAACUCUAACACAGAGUUAUAGUUUAAUUAACACCGACUAUCUGGAGGUGAUUUUUGGGGCAGAGACUUCAACUCUGGAACGAGAAACCUUUUGAGGAACACUGCAUCCUGAUUACAAGAACCAGGUAUUACAUUUAGUUUUGGGGCACUUGAUCUACUCCAGGGAAAGUUCCCGCCGAGAGGGUUGUUUACAGUCAAGAUUUCUCCUAAAAACUGGAACUUCAUCAGAUCCUGACUACCACACCUUUAAUGCUUAAUUUUGAUUUAAAAAAAAAAAAAAAUCCUUUAAUUACAAGUGAAAUCUGAGAAGCUGUUCAUACAAACACACAACAUGCAGACGGCAGUGAGCUUCAGGAGUCAUGAUAGUUUCAUGUUUUGUCUUUUUCCCUGGCGUUUUUGGUGACAUGGUGAUCACAUGCGUUCUUUAAAUGCCCUGCUAUGUGUGUGUGUGUGUGUGUGUGUCAGGGUGCAGGUUCGAGACAGAGAAAUCAAAGUGAACAUUUUCGACAUGGCCGGUCAUCCUUUCUUCUAUGAAGUGAGUCUCGAAACGUCUCCUCUGUUUACUUUUUAAUCUCUUUUAAAAUUAUUCAAAUCUGCGUUUUUCACUUUUAAGUCUUGAGUUUUUCCAUCCUGAGGACAGAAGACAGUUUCUAAGUGAGUGUCGUCUUCCUCAGGUGCGUAACGAGUUCUAUAAGGACAGUCAGGGCGUGCUGCUGGUGUACGACGUCGGCCUCAGGGAGAGCUUCGACGCUCUCGACAGCUGGCUCGGCGAGAUGAAACAGGAAAUGGGUUCCCAGGCCAACAUGGACAGCAUCGUGUUCAUCGUUUGCGCCAACAAGGUGGGAAUCAUCUCAGAGAUGUUUGUGAAGGAGGUUAAACCCUGAACGUGAAACUAAACUGUCGCCUGAAUCCGCAGGUGGACCUGACGAAGCGGCGGGUGGUGGACGAGGGGGAGGGGCGCCUGUGGGCGGAGUCUCGAGGGUUUCACUACUUUGAGACGUCGGCUCAGAGCGGCGAGGGAAUCAACGAGAUGUUUCAGGUACGCCUGAUCGACUUUGACCAGCAUUUGAAGAAAACAGGAAACGGGUUCAAGUGUCUUUUUUUCCUCUCUCAGGCUUUUUUCUCGUCCAUCACCGACAUGUGUGAGAACGGCGGGAAGCGUCCGACGGCAGAGGUCAGCGCCGGCUUCACCAAAGAGCAGGCCGACACCAUCAGACGCAUCAGAAACAGCAAAGACUCCUGGGAUAUGCUGGGGGUCAAACCUGGAGCCACACGGUGAGUUGAAACACUUCAUUUGUGCGUCUCUUUUACCGUCCCCCCCCCCCCGCAUCUGAUUUUGGUUCCUCCCUCUUUGUUUCCAGGGAGGAGGUCAACAAAGCGUACAGGAAGCUGGCGGUCCUGCUCCACCCGGAUAAAUGCGUCGCCCCCGGCAGCGAGGACGCCUUCAAAGCGGUGGUGAACGCUCGCACGUCUCUGCUGAAGAACAUAAAAUAAGACACUGGACUGACCGAGCACAGAAACAGUAUUUCUAUUUAUUUAUUUAUAAAUAUUUAUUUCACAUCUUCAGCUCUUUGUGCCAUGUCGCUCGCUCGCUCGCCACAGUGCUGUACGCCAACUCGCCGUCAGUUUUUAACUCAUUUUACACAUUUACUACACCUCCAAGCCUCUGAUGUGUGUGAGAGAGACGCAGCGACCUGCAGUCACCUGCUGUUUACUAAAUUAGAUAAAUGAUCAACACUGCGGUCGUUUGAUUCUGUUAAAUUUGAUGAAAUUGCCAAGAAAACUGCUCACAAUCUGGUUUUUAUGACCUUAAAUGUUCUUAUAAAUGUUGAAUUUUAAGUUUUUUUUUAUAUUUAACAGCUUAAAACAUUAUUUUGUGAAUGUUUCCCUUAAAGUUGUUUAAUUUGCUCUCAUUUCCGCUCAAAAAUUAAAACUACAAACCUUAAAAUUAAUAUUUUUCACACUUUUUAUCCAAACUCAACUUUACUCAUGUCUCCAAACUUGGUUUAUUAAAUUAUCUGAUCUUAAAUUUACGCUCCUAAAUGAAUACUUUCAUCCUGAAGCAGUCACCUGCUGUUUACUAAAUUAACUUAAUUAUGUUUGACAAAGAGUUAAAGUUAAAGUCCAUGAAAUUACCAAAUACACUGCCCACAAUCUUAUUUUUAAUUACCUUAAUUGUUCUUAUACAUGUAAAAUUCAUCCUUAAGAUCUUUUUUUAAAUAUUUCACAGCUAAAAACAUUAAUUCGUAGAUAUUUCCCUUUAAGUUGAUUAAUUUGUUCUCGUCUGACUCAUUUCUGCUCAAAAAUUAAACAUUUUAAAUCUCAAAAUUGAUAUUUUUCACUCUGUUUAGUUUAUUUCAAGUUUUUUUUAUCAUUGUAUCUUAAAUUUAUGCUCCUAAAUGAAUAAUUUGAUCCUGUAAAAUAUUAAAUAUCCUCAUAAUUAAAGAAAUAUCUCAAAUUCUCCCCCUUAAUAUACAAAAUCAUCACAUAACGUGCCUCAUUUUACACAAAAAAAAACUAUCACAGCUCUCCACUCGUAAGACUCCACCUUAAGUUCUUCACAUUAUUAUUAAAGGUCAAAUUUAGAGUUUAUAUUUGCCAACUUCUCGUCUCGCCGCCUGUCCCUUCCUCUUCUCUCAGAGCGUUUACACGGUUAAAGGACGGCAGAUUAAAGGUUUACUGCGUGACUCAAAUAUAGAGCAGGAAAAGUGUUUUAUAUGAUUAAAAGCUGAUCGACAGCAUGAACACAGUAUGUUCUCCAGUUUUAUUUUUAUACGUAUAUGUACAAACGAGACGGCACGAACAAAAAAGAGCUUCCACCUUCAUGUUUAUAUUGUUUAUAUCUGUGAAUUUAAAGCUCCUGUGUUUAUAAAAUAGAUGGAAACUCAUGUUGAUGUUUUUUAUGUUAUUUAAAAGCGAACAAAACCAUCGGUGACGAGGUUGAAGACUUUUAUUUUGUAGUUUUUGAUCAGUGCGGGGAGUUAGGCGUCACCGUAGGCUGAAGAAAAAGCUUCUUCUUUGUUUUUACGUUAUUUAAAAUACAUGAUAGAUUUGACUGUUAGAGAGAAGAAAGAGGAUCUGCGAAGUCUGCUUUGUCCACAGGGGGCGCCAAAAUCUACAGAAACCCAAAGUUCCUCAUGGGAGCUUUAAUUUUUGUUUCUUUCUGUUGAGUAUACAUUUAUUUUUAUACAGCUUUUGUGUUUUUCAUUAAAUUUUGUUCAUUUCCAGCAUUUUUAUCAUUCAUUUCUCAAAAUAUCUGACUGUUUUAUUAAACCGCAGCUUUAUUUUAGCUGUCAAAAGUAUACUAACUGUGUUUAAUUUAAACUUAAAACCAAGUUUAACAAAACUUAAUUUUACGAAGGUGUGAACAAGUCUGAACAAAACUUAAAAUGACUUAAAAGUGGAAAUGCUGAAAGUAAAACCAGUGUUUGUGCCGACCACAUAUCAAACAUGUUAGACAGAUUUAUUAUAAGUUUGCACAUCAGCAUGUUCUGAAUUAUAACCUCAAUUUAAUUUUCUAUUUAAAAAAAAACAUGAAAUAUUUAAAUUGACAGAAUGUGUGUGUGUGUGUGUGUGUGUGUGUGUGUGUGUGUGUGUGUGUGUGUGUGUGUGUGUGUGUGUGUGAGACUGUUAAUAUUAUUAUUGGGACUGUAUUUAAUCUCAGUUUAGACUCAGUACCUCAUGACUGUGUCCUCUCUCUCUCUCUCUCUCUCUCUCUCUCUGAUGAUGCGUUUCCUGUCACCUCAGACACUCUUUUAGGGUCACAAUCACAAAAACACUGAAAACAGUCUGAAACAUUUCACACUUUGAUGAGAUUAAAUUUCUGCGUACCUCUGAUGUGUGUAUGUUUGUGUGUGUGUGGGCGUGUGUGUGUGUGUGUGUUUUACGGUCUCGCUGUGUUUCCUCUAAAUGCACGUUCAAUCUGUCUGUUUUUGAAAUAAUAAAAAGACAAAAAAAUCA